GUGCAAUACAUUAGUGUGUGGCGGUUAAACUGUAAGCAGGAGCUGCAUCCCAGUUUUGCACGCAUGAAACUAUAGGCAUGCAAUGUUUCUCCUCGGAGUUUCUGUCACCCGAGCGGGUAGAAGAUUUAUUCUAUCCACAAAAAUGUUCAAGAUGACUCUUCAAAAUGGAUCAGUCAGAGCCACCCUGAACUGCUCCAGCAUGGCUGACAAAAAGAACAGCCUGCGCUGGGAUCUGACCCCAGAGGAGAUCAGACACCGGACGGAGAGACUCAUCCAGCGGAACAAACAAGCCUAUGACUCAGUGGGGAGCGUGGAAAUUGGGAAGGUGUGCUUUGAGAACACACUGCAAGUCCUGGCAGAUGCUAAAUCAGAUUACGCAGCUUCUCGUCACAUGUUGGAUUUCCCUCAAUAUGUGUCUCCAUAUAAAGAGGUCAGAUCGGCAAGCACUGAGGCUGAUAAACGUCUGUCGGAUUUUGAUGUGGAAGUGAGAAUGAGAGCCGAUGUGUUUCAGAGGCUUACAGCCCUGCAGGAAAAACAAUCCGCUGAUUUAUUGCCGGAGUCUAAGAGAUUUCUGGGACGACUGCUAAAAUUAGGGAAGCGGAAUGGAUUGCACUUAUCCAAGGAUAUACAAGAAGAAGUCAAGUCAAUCUCUAAACAAAUAAGUGAACUCUCUAUAGAUUUCAACCACAAUUUAAAUGAAGAGAAUACUGUGCUCUUGUUCUCUCGAGAAGAGCUUGAGGGUCUUGCGGAAAGCUACCUGAAUGGUCUUGAGAGAAAGGAAGAUGGGCGGUAUGAAGUCACACUGGCUUAUCCUCACUACUUUCCUCUGAUGAAAAGAUGUCAUGUUCCAGAAACCAGGAGGAAGAUGGAGGUGGCUUUUCACAGCAGGUGCAAAGACGUGAACACUGCUAUUCUUGAGCAGCUGAUUGAGUUGCGGGCACAGCUAGCCAAACUACUGGGCUUCAGCAGUCAUGCCAAUUAUGUGCUGGAAAUGACCAUGGCCAAAAAUUCAGAGAAUGUGGCACAGUUUCUUGAUGAGUUGUAUACAAGGUUGAAACCAGUUGGCAAACAGGAGCUGCAUUACUUGCUGUCACUCAAACAUGCCGAAUGCAAGAGGUGGGGUUUGGUCUUCGACGGACAGAUCCACGCGUGGGACAUGCCCUACUACAUGAACCAGGUGGAACAAGUGAAGUUUGCAGUAGAUAAGGAUAAACUGAUCGAGCACUUCCCAUUGGAGGUGGUGACAGAGGGCCUGCUGAAUAUAUAUCAGGAUCUUCUGGGUCUGAAGUUCAAGCUGGUGGAUAAGGCUCAUGUAUGGCAUGAAAGUGUCAAACUAUACUCCGUACUGGACUCUGCGACUGGAGAGGAGAUCGGACAGUUUUAUCUGGACCUGCAUCCCAGGGAGGGUAAGUAUGGCCAUGCUGCAUGCUUUGGGCUGCAGCCAGGAUGUCUUGAACCUGAUGGGAACCGGAGGAUGCCUGUGGCUGCCAUGGUGGCCAACUUCACCAAACCCACAAACAACUGGCCUUCCCUACUGCAACACCACGAGGUGGAGACCUUCUUCCAUGAGUUUGGACAUGUCAUGCAUGAGCUGUGCUCCAGGACUCGCUAUGCAGAGUUCAGUGGGACACAGGUAGAGACCGAUUUUGUGGAGGUGCCAUCCCAGAUGCUGGAGAACUGGGUUUGGGAGAAGGAGCCGCUCAGGAAGAUGUCUCGCCACUACAAAGAUGGCAGCCCGAUCCCAGACAGUCUGCUGGAUAAACUCAUUGCCUCCAGAGUUGCCAACACCGGGCUGAUGAACCUUAGGCAGAUUCUUCUUGGUAAAGCUGACCAAUCGCUCCACACUAAGGACAGUGCGGAUACUGCAGCUGAGUUUGCCAAGCACAGCAGAGAUAUCCUGGGCAUCCCAGCCACACCAGGCACAAAUAUGACCGCUAGUUUCAGUCAUUUGGCGGGAGGAUAUGAUGGUCAGUAUUACAGUUAUCUCUGGAGUGAAGUCUACUCGAUGGAUAUCUUCUUCAGUCGAUUCAGAAAGGAAGGAAUCAUGAAUCCAAAGGUGGGCAGGGAAUACAGGCGUGUGGUGUUGGAGGCUGGCGGUUCAAUGGAUGGCAUGGAUAUUUUGAGAACGUUUCUGGGCCGCGAGCCAUGCCAGGACUCAUUUUUUCAAUGUAAAGGACUCACCCAAACAAUAACAGAACAAAAUUCUCAUUAAGUUUGGAAUAUCAAUAACUGGAAGUGAAUUGAAUAUUUGUAUUCAUCUUUAUUAUUAUAAAUAGUGUUAUUCUAAAUCAAACGUGUUAUGUAUACUUUUAUCUGUUGAUUGAUUUCUUGCCAAGUUUUUUUUUUUUUUUUUUUGAAUCAGUAAAAAAAAACAAAAAAAAAAACUAAUCACUGUUCAGGUCACUUUUAUCUGAAUCAUUUUUAUUUUAUUUUUUUAUAUAAAAAUAUCUUCCUUAAUGAGCGCGGCACAAGGCUUUAAGACUUUUUGUAAACUUGCCGCCUGAACUCACACAAAUUGGACUAGAUUUGAUGAGUCUAUGUGGUAUUAUUAAACAGUCCCCAGUUCGUACUGUUCGGGUCAGAUGUGACCCGCAAUAGGAAAAGAAUGGGUGAGACUAUAACUGAGCAAUUGUUUUUUUUUUAUUUGUCAAAUUAAAAUCAAUAAAUCAGACACAAUACAGAACACACACACAUUAAUGAAGGGGCGAGACUAUAAAACAUCCACAAUGCUGAGCACACGCAUACAUUCAGUACACACAUGGACACACACACAUAUACACACACACACACACAAGCGCACAAAAAAAAAAAUGAAUGGGUGAGAUUAUAAGUGCAAUUGUUUGGAAUUUUGUCUAAUAAAAAUCAAUCAUACACAAAGCAGAACACACACACACACACACACACACAUA